AUGGCUACACAUCAAGAAGAGGUGAAACUUUUUGGAGUUGUGGGAAGUGCCUUUGUACAUGGUGUUCAAAUUGCUCUAAAAUUGAAGGGUAUUGAAUACGAAUUUGUUGAAGAGGAUUUGGCCAACAAAAGUGAUCUCCUUCUCAAAUUCAACCCAAUUUAUAAGAAGGUUCCAGUUUUUGUUUACAAUGAGAAGCCUAUAUCAGAAUCUAAUGUGAUUCUUGAAUAUAUUGAUGAAACUUGGAAGCAAAAUCCCAUUUUACCCUCUGAUCCUUACCAAAAAGCCUUAGUUCGAUUUUGGUCCAAGUUCAUCCAGGACAAGGUUGUUGCAUCUUUUUCUAAAGCUGUUCGUGCUUUUAACGAUGAGAAAGAGCGUGCGAAGAAUAUUGCGGAAACAUCUGAGGCUCUUCAGAUUCUUGAGAAUGAGCUGAAGGACAAGUUCUUUGGAGGAGAAGACAUUGGUUUCUUGGAUAUUGCUGCUGUGUUUGUAGCUUUCACGAUCCCUUUGAUUCAAGAGGUAGCAGGGUUUCAAUUCUUCACUGCUGAAAAGUUUCCAAACCUUUACAAUUGGAGCCAAAAAUUUCUCAAUCAUUCGAUUGUGAAGGAAAUUGUGCCUGCAAGAGAGCCUACUUUGGUCUAUUUCAAAGCUAGAUAUGAACUCCUUGUUUCUGCUUCAAAAUAG